AAUCGUAAACUUUAAACGCAACGGAGGGGCGGCCUCGUAUUGCAAUCUUCAGUGCCGUUGUUCGUUCUUUCAACAGCCGAUGGCAUGAAAAGAGUUCACCCGGACGACGGACCAGCACCAACAAAAUAGUUACGUACCCAUCUGCCUAGGUGGGUGGUUGACUACGAGUACCAGCACGAAUCAUCGAAGAACAAAAACCGGCCGCGUUUAACCACAUCUACCGAACCUCCGACUGUGGACCCACGCGCGCUAAUUCCGCUACUCAAUCAUCUAAUCAGAUCUUUUGAUUUAAAAUUCCCCAGAGGGCCCACCUCCGUCAUGUCUCCAACUUCGCAUUUCCCCUCCAAGGCCACAGGUUACAAGAUGACUGCCACCCUCAAAAACCUCUAUUACAGGCUGACUCCGGCCAAUUCCUCCAUCUCCCUCCCCACAACCGACAGGAAACCCGGCGAAUUCAUAACAGCGCGCAAGACCGAGGAACUAUUCCAAAAGACUGACCCCACAAUCGAUGGAGAGGACUGUCUGACGGAUUGCGCAAGUUGUACGGUGAAAUAUCCGAGGAAAUUCGAGGUUGAUGAGACAGAGGAGCUGUAUGGUCACAUCAAGGGAUGGAGUACACAUCUGCUCGUCGCAACAGGCAAGACCGAUUGGGUUCGAGAUGUUGUAGACGAGAAGGGAAGCAUUAUGGAGGCAGUUGACCGGAGCGAUGUGAAACCCACGAAUGGCAGACUCAUGCUGUCCGCCUCCAACAUCCCAGUUCCGGACCACUCUGACCACUCAACAUCAGUCCUCCUACUACCCGCUUUCAAAAUAAUAGACAACGUCACUCAAGCGAACACGCCGUCAUUGAUAUCGGAUUUCGUCAAUACCGGUCCCACCAACAUUACGCCGCUAGAUACUGUCAGAGAGCCAGCAUCAGAAGCAUCAAUACCCUCCUCCGAAACAUCUUCCGCUGUCCCUUCUGGAACUGCAACGCCAGCACCAUCCUCAGGCCUCACAUCCCGGCCCUGCCCUCACAAGUACCUCAUUCUCCUCUGCAGCCACAAGACUCGCGACGCACGAUGCGGACAAUCGGCACCACUCCUCCGCAAAGAAUUCGAGCGCCACCUUCGGCCUCUAGGACUCUAUCGAGAUCUUCACGAUGAACGACCAGGUGGCGUUGGGAUAUACUUCAUAAACCACGUUGGUGGACACAAGUUCUCCGCGAACGUCAUGAUCUACCGAAAAGCGUCUGCGAUCGACAGACCCAAGCGGCUGAACGGCCAAGUCAACGGCAUCGAGGAUACGUUGGAGAGUCUUAGUGUUCAGGAUGACAAGGAGAAAGACGUCGUGCUGGAUGUGAAUAAGGCUCAGGAGGAGGAGGGUAAUGGUGAAGCUGCGCAGUGCAUAUGGUUAGCGCGAGUGCGACCAGAAGAUUGUGAAAACAUAAUCAAGUACACGGUGCUUCAGGGUAAAGUGUUGAAGCCAGAACGACAACUAAGAGGCGGGUUCGAUAGAUGUAAGCAGGUGACAAGUUGGUAGGGGGUUUGGUUCGAUCAUAUAUGUAACUCACGCGUUUUGUAUAUGCCAUUGAUUCAUUAUUGUUGGAAAUAGGAUACGGCAUCUAAGUUGACAUACAUUUUAUAGAUGCAUAUAGACACGAAGUCAGUAGAUAAGAAUACCACGAGGAGCGCAUCCAAU